UUCUUUUAAAACCUCACUUUGAGACUCAGUUAACACAGCACAAUUCAACACUCAUCUCAGAGCAGAAGAACAUAAUCCAGAAUGACCACCGGCACUGGCCAAGUUGUCUGUGUUACGGGCGCUUCCGGUUUCAUCGCUUCCUGGCUCGUCAAGUUUCUCCUCGAACGCGGUUACACUGUUAAUGCCACCGUUCGCGACCCAAAUAAUCCCAAAAAGGUAGAUCAUUUGGUUAAACUUGAUGGUGCAAAGGAGAGAUUGCAUCUCUUCAAGGCCGAUCUUCUAGAAGAAGGUUCUUUUGACUCUGCCGUUCAAGGUUGUCAGGCUGUGUUUCACACUGCUUCUCCCUUUUUUAUCGGCGCCAAGGACCCGCAGGCUGAGUUGUUGGAUCCAGCUGUGAAGGGGACUCUGAAUGUUCUGAAAUCGUGUGCGAAGUCCGCGACGCUGAAACGCGUGGUUGUAACUUCUUCUGUUGCGGCAGUUGCGAACAACGACAGGCCCAAAGCCCCUGAUGUGGUGGUUGACGAGACUUGGUUUUCCGACCCAGAAUUCUGUAGGAGAAAUGGGGGAUGGUAUGAUCUUUCAAAGACACUGGCCGAAGAGACUGCAUGGAAAUUUGCAAAAGAAAACAAUAUUGACUUGGUUACAAUAAAUCCAGCAUUGGUUAGUGGACCUCUCUUGCAACCAGAACUUAACACCAGUGCUGCUGCAGUUUUAAAUUUUGUUAAUGGUUCGCCAACAUUUAAAAAUAUAACUUUGGGAUGGAUCGACGUGAGAGAUGUUGCAAAUGCUCAUAUUCUAGCAUAUGAGAAUGCUUCAGCAAAUGGAAGAUAUAUAUUAGUUGAGAGAGUCAUACACCACUCACAGGCUGUGCAGAUUUUACGUGAUGUAUACCCAACAUUGCCACUUCCAGAUAAGUGUGCGGAAGAUAAGCCAUAUCCUCCAGUAUUUCAGGUUUCGAAGGAAAGAGCAAAGAGUUUGGGACUUUAAUUUACUCCUUUGGAAGUGAGCCUCAAGGAUACUGUGGAAAGCUUGAGGGAAAAGGGCUUUGUCAAAUUUUAAGGUGUCACCCUUAAAGCAACGCUGGAACUUUCUUUAGUUGUUCAUUUGGCUUCUUAUGCUGUUGAUUAUGAAUAAGUUUAUUGUAAAAUAAGACUUAUAUCAGAACUCCUUGGUACUGAAAUAAGUCAUUCAUGGUGUCGUUUUUGUACGAGUGGCAAUCAAGUUUCAAACAUGCAUGUCCAGAGUUUGCAUUAGAGAUUGUAAUCCUUCUUAUAUAAUCUAAAAACUAGAAAAUCUCUGUUGCAUGUUUA